GUUGUCCCAGCUACGAACCAUGAUGCUGUGUUUAUCGGAGGGAGGUUUCUGAUUGGGUUGGGGUGUGUUCAUACAAUGAGAGAUUAUCUACCUGGAUCGAAUAUCUCGCAGGGUUCUGCUCCCGUCUUGGUCGUCGAGCUCGCUCAUCCACAGCACCGGGGGAGGAUUACGACGAUGUACAACGUCGUAUAUAACAUCGGCGCCAUCAUCGCCUUCGGCACUGUCAAGUACACGACUGACGCCGGAUGGCGGAUUCCGCAGUCCCUGCAGGUCCUGAUGCCGGGGCUGCAGCUGCUGCUCGUUUUUCUACUUCCGGAAAGCCCUAGAUGGCUGUGUUCGAAGGACCGUGCGGACGAAGCGCUGCCUGUUUUGGUGAAGUACCACGCCGCCGGCGACGCCAACGACCGUUUCGUCAUGUCCGAGUUCCACGAAAUCCAGGAAACGAUCCGUCUCGAGAAGCUGAAUUCGACAAACGGAUGGCAGACCCUGCUCAAGACGCCCGGCAACAGAAAGCGUCUCCUGCUGAUCGUCCUGACGGCGUUCUUCUCGCAAUGCUCCGGCAACGGCCUCGUGUCGUACUACCUGCACAGCAUCCUCGACUCGAUCGGCAUCAGCAGCUCGUACAAGCAGUCGCUCAUCAACGGCGGCCUGACGAUCUGGUCGUUUCUCAUCGGGAUCACGUCGGCGCUGUUUGUGGACAAAGUCGGCCGACGGCCGCUGUUCCUCAGCGCGGCGGGCCUGGCCUGGCCGGGGCUGACGGUGGCGUAUCCGGUCGAGAUCCUGCCGUACAAUAUCAGAGCGAAGGGUCUGGCCAUUCUGUAUGCCUGCAAGGCUCUCGCGUCGAUAUUCAAUCAAUACGUCAACCCAAUCGGUCUAGAGAAUCUCUCCUGGAAGUUCUACUUCGUGUACAUCGCUAUCCUGGUCUUCGAAUGCAUCGCGAUUUGGUUCCUGUUUCCUACGCUCGAGGAGAUUGCGCGCUUGUUUGACGGAGAGGAUGCCAUCGUUGGGAGAGAGGUGCAGACAAAGAGGGAGGAGGAGGAAGAAUGUUAA